AGAGCCUCGGUUCAGGCUCGCCUCUUCCCUCCCACCGCCGCUGCGCACUGCUCGGUCGCGACUGGGCCCUCCCGCCGGGGCGGCUCCAGCUCCAGCUCCACAAGUUCCUGCUGCCCGUGCCCCGGGCGCGCGCACGAGGCUGGCCCGGCCGUCGGGGGCGGCCGGCGGGAGCAGCGGGAGCGGCGGCGGGAGCAGCGCCGGGAGGGGCGGGAGGAGGAGGAGGAGGAGGGCUGUUGUGCGGGAGCCGCCGAUGCCGCUGUGAGAUGGCAUCAUUCUGCGCGGCGGCGGCGGCGGCGGAGCGCGGCGCGGAGGGGUGAGGAGCUGCCGCGGCGGCGAGGAAGCGAAGAAGAAGAAGAAGAAGAAGAGAAAGGUGGGAGGAAGGAGAAGGGAGGAGGCAGCAGCUGUGAAGCUGCGAGCCACGUUUCUAGUGCCAAACUGAAACGGAAAAAGAAUUGGUUUGGAACAACUUUCUACACGGAAUUAACUGCAGAUGGAGAAAUUAAGAAAACAGCAAAAUCAAGUAGUUCUUCAAAUCCCAAAUGGGAUGAGCAGCUGACAGUGAAUGUGACUCCACAGACUACGCUGGAAUUUAGAGUGUGGAGCCAUCACACUUUAAAAGCAGAUGCUUUAUUAGGAAGAGCCACUGUAGACUUGAGACAAGCUUUGGAAGUACACAAUAGAAAAUUGGAGAAGGUGAAAGAGCAAUUGAAACUGUCUUUGGAAAACAAGAGUGGCAUGGUGCAAACAGGUGAACUGACAGUUGUGCUAGAUGGUUUGGUGGUUGAACAAGAAUCUCUUACAAAUCUCAGUUCAUCAGCAGCCAUAGAAGUUCAGCAAAAUGGCGAGGCUGUACAUGAAAGCAGAGAUGCUUCAGCAAGAAGUUCAUCCAGAUCUGCUUGUGACAUUUCUAAUGGGAUAGACAAUCAAGUACCUUCCAGCUCUGUAGUACAGAAUACGUUCUGUGUAGAAGCUGUUAAUGGAGACAGUACACCAUCUCCUAAUCAUGUUGCAGCCAGACCCAAAAAUACACCAGUACCAAAACCACUCGAAGCUCAGCCUGUCAACAGCACUGUUAAUGGUGAGUCAUCUGCCUCUGCACCUGAAGCUGGUAAUUCCUCUGUCUCCGAGGCUCCGACGGGUUCAGUCGAAGCUCCUGCGUCUUCAGCAGAUUGCACUAAUGAUACAGCAGAACCUCAGUCAGCAACAGAAGCAACUAGUUGUUCUGAAAGCCACACUUCUGCAUUAUCUGUUGUGUCUGCUGGACUAGAACCUUCAGCUGCAGCAGACUGUGCUCAGCCUAAUGCUCGAAACAGCAUAGCAGCAGAGGCAGCAAAGCCAAGGGAAUCCUCCUCCGCACCAAGUGCAUCUGCAGAACCUGUAAGACAGCAGCCUGGUACUGCCAGUACAGAACCUUUACCACCAGGGUGGGAGCAAAGAAAGGAUCCUCAUGGUAGAACCUAUUACGUUGAUCACAACACACGAACUACAACAUGGGAAAGACCACAGCCCUUACCUCCUGGCUGGGAAAGAAGAGUUGAUGAUCGUGGGAGAGUUUACUAUGUGGACCACAACACCAGAACGACAACGUGGCAGCGGCCAACAAUGGAGUCAGUGAGGAACUUUGAGCAAUGGCAGUCUCAACGGAAUCAGCUGCAGGGAGCUAUGCAACAAUUCAACCAACGAUACCUCUAUUCGGCUUCAAUGUUGUCAGCAGAAAAUGAUCCACUUGGGCCUUUACCACCAGGUUGGGAAAGAAGAGUGGAUUCAAAUGAUAGGGUGUAUUUUGUAAAUCAUAACACAAAGACAACACAGUGGGAAGACCCUCGAACUCAAGGUUUACAAAAUGAGGACCCUCUUCCAGAGGGCUGGGAAAUCAGAUAUACCAGAGAAGGUGUUAGAUACUUUGUUGAUCAUAAUACAAGAACCACCACCUUUAAUGAUCCUCGUACUGGCAAAUCUUCUGUAAAUAAAGGGCCACAGAUUGCUUAUGAGCGUAGCUUCAGGUGGAAACUUGCUCAUUUCCGUUACUUGUGUCAGUCCAAUGCACUGCCAAGUCAUGUGAAAAUCAAUGUAUCCAGACAGACUUUGUUUGAGGAUUCCUUCCAGCAAAUUAUGGCAUUAAAACCUUAUGAUUUGAGGAGAAGAUUAUAUGUUAUAUUUAGAGGAGAAGAAGGAUUGGAUUAUGGUGGCUUGGCAAGAGAAUGGUUUUUCUUGCUUUCCCAUGAAGUACUGAACCCUAUGUACUGCCUAUUUGAAUAUGCUGGCAAGAGCAACUAUUGCCUGCAGAUAAAUCCAGCAUCAACAAUCAAUCCUGACCAUCUUUCAUAUUUCUGUUUCAUUGGGCGCUUUAUUGCCAUGGCAUUAUUUCAUGGGAAAUUUAUUGACACUGGUUUUUCUCUGCCUUUCUACAAACGAAUGCUGAGCAAAAAGCUUACUAUUAAGGACCUGGAAUCUAUUGAUACUGAAUUUUACAACUCACUAAUUUGGAUAAGGGAUAAUAACAUUGAGGAGUGUAACUUGGAAAUGUACUUCUGUGUGGAUAUGGAGCUCUUAGGAAAAGUAACCUCACAUGAACUGAAAUCAGGAGGUUCAAAUAUCUUGGUAACUGAGGAGAACAAAGAAGAAUAUAUAGGGCUAAUGGCGGAGUGGCGAUUUUCUCGGGGAGUUAGAGAACAAACCAAAGCUUUUCUUGAUGGUUUUAAUGAAGUAGUUCCUCUACAGUGGCUACAUUAUUUUGAUGAGAAGGAACUGGAGGUUAUGCUCUGUGGUAUGCAAGAAGUUGAUUUAGCAGACUGGCAGAGGAACACUGUUUAUCGUCAUUACACAAGGAAUAGCAAGCAGAUCAUAUGGUUCUGGCAGUUUGUAAAAGAAACAGACAAUGAGGUUCGCAUGCGACUUCUGCAGUUUGUCACUGGCACUUGCAGAUUACCACUGGGUGGAUUUGCUGAACUUAUGGGAAGCAAUGGUCCUCAGAAAUUCUGCAUUGAAAAAGUUGGUAAGGAAACGUGGUUACCAAGAAGUCACACUUGUUUUAAUCGUUUGGAUUUGCCACCAUAUAAAAGCUAUGAACAACUAAAAGAGAAGUUGCUCUUUGCCAUUGAAGAAACUGAGGGAUUUGGACAAGAGUAGAAGUGACUUGUAGUCAAAAAGGAUAUCUUGCAUAAUAAAAGGCCCAGCCAACUAAAAUUGCACACUUAAUUGUAUAUAAGCUUUUUGUUCUGUACAGUGAUCUUUCUGGAACUCUAAAAGUUAAAUUGUUCUCUGUUCUUCCACAAAUAUAUGCAAAACAGUUCAGCCUUUUAUACUUUUAUUUAUUGCCCUUUCAAAAGACCAGAAAAACCCCUCCAUAAAUUUUGAAAGCAGACAAGAGACUUAUUUAAAAUAUAUAUAUAUAAAUAUAAAUAUAUAUACUAAUGGGCUCUAGUUUUAUAGAGCUUUAAGUGUAUGAAAAGUUGCAGCCAUUUAAAGGGGCCUGGAUUUGCUUUAUCUUGGCUUUACCAUUCAGAAAAAUGUUUAAACUGCUCAGUGUUCUCUAAAGAAACAUCUCCAAGUUUGUUUUACUGCAUGGCUGUUCUAAAAGGUGUUAAAGGCUUAGGCCAAACUUAUCCUAAAUAUGUAGAAAGAUGCUGCUGGUAUUUGAGAUGACAGAAUCUGUUCUUCUGUCCAUUUAAUUUUUUAAAAUACAUAAAUAGCUGAUAUAUCCCUCUCUACUGAUGUAGCCAAGGUCAUGAAUAAAACCUUUACUACUUGCACAAGAGUCAUGUACAAAGAGAUGAAUGUGAUUUAAUGUUGAAAGGAAUUGGUGCCACUGUUCUGACUUACUGCAGGAGCUGAACAGAGUAUUUUAAUUCAUUUGAGCAGCAUUGAAAUUUGUUUACAUAGUACCUUGGGUUAUUACCAUGAAGAUGUUAGGUAAUCUUCAAAGAAAAAAAUAAUAAAAGAGAAAAUAUUACCCAUUC